AUGACCAGUGACUGUGGCCCGACCCGAAAACGACCCUCUUCUCAAAAGGGACCAUCACCGCCCCGAGCCGCGAACAGACCGGUCGGAGGCGAGAAUUGGUCUUUUCAGGGCACAGUUCAGCUCCUCUGUGGAUGCGUCCCCAGAUCGCAGGAUUUCCAAGAAAUCGAGCCUGUCCCUUGUGCACUUGGGAAUAAUUCCCCAAGACAGCACUUCGGGAUUCCGGGUUAUCCUGAGGCUGCCCGGGACUUUUCCAGCUCUCCAGCCCCAGGUCUCCUGACAUUGUGUUUCAGGCUGCGGGCUAAGCCAGACGGUGUUUGCCUCCCGUUCUUUCCACCGAGGGAAGCGAACGCCACCCCCACCCGCCUUUGCCUCCGAGUCUCCCUCGCUGGCAGAAGGGAAGCCGACCUGGUCCCGGGAGGAAGAUGGCGCAGCGAAUUCGAAUUUUAGAACUGGAUCUUUGUCUCCUGGAUGCUCUUAGGAGACUCACCAAGCACCAACCCCUGAUAUUGCAACUGGACCCCUCGACCUGGAUGAAUGUAUUCUUUUCAGCAACCAUAUGCUCCCUCCUGUUACCAGGUAAGGUAAGAAGCAAUUCCUCUGCCUAGCAGCUCUGCUGGGUGAAAUAUCAGGAGAUCCCACUCAAGCUUUCUCUUGCAUGUAGCCUAUAUCCAACAUGGGAGCACAGGCUAAUCCUGCAGUUGGCUAGCCUCUUGUCCUCUGGAUAUCCUGGGAGUGAAUCCCAAUGAAGGAAUCUCCAGUGGUUUCCUGAAGCCCUUUGUGCUAGGCCUGAGGUGAGACAGAACUGCCCCAUCUUAUGCCCAGGAGACCUGGGAGGACUCACAGUGCACCACUAGCCUCAAAAAUUCUCUCUCCCUGUAGGCUGUGGUCUGAAUCUUUGUGUCUUCCUAAAAUUCAUAUGUUGAAAUCCUAACCCCCUAGGUGAUGAUAUUAGAAGGUGGGGCCUUUCAGGAGUUGACUAAAACAUGGGGGAAAAGCCCUCACAAAUGGAUUAGUUCCCUUAUAAAAUAGGUCCAAGGAAACUUGCUCACUUCUAACACCAUGUGAGGACACAGCGAGAAGGCACCAUCUAUAAGCCAGAAAGCAGUCCCUCACCAGACAUAGAUCUGCUGGCACCUUGAUCUUGGACUUCCCACCCUCCAGAACUGGGAGAAAUAAAUGUAUAUUGUUUAUAAGCAAUACAGUUUAUGGUAUUAUAUCAUAGCAGCCCAAACAGACAUUGUAUUUCCUCAGUGUUGGUUUAAGAGUUGUCUAAACCAGUUUCCCAUUAUUAUACUGUGGAUGUUUCUAGCUCUCAAUAUAGCAUUCCACCUCUUUUCUAUCUCUAGUGACUUAGUCAAAGCAUCUAGUUGAACACCCUGUUAUUUAAAGAAACCAGCAUUCACUGGCUGUUCCCAGUUUCAGGGACUCAGGUGGCUACAUAAUUUGUCCUGUGUCCUUGCACUUAGGAAAAGUACUGACAGCUCGUAAUUGGUUGUAUUUCUUGGGAUAUUUGCAUUUAAACUAGAAGUAAUGCUUUAUUUUCUUGGUAUAAUUUGUCUUACAUUUUUGAAAGUAAUAGCUAUUCAUUAAAUUACAUUUGAAAAUACAGGAAGAAAGAAAAAAUUGUCUAUAAUUCUACCACUCAUAUAAAACCACUAUUUACAUAUGUGUACUUUCCUCUAUUAACCUUUCAAAGCAUGUCUCAAUUUUAAUUGUAUUCACACAAAUACAAUUUUAUAUCAUACAUUUUACUUAUUAAUAUGCUAUUAGCAUCACCAAUGUCAACAUAAACUCCAUGUAAACAUCAAUUUAAUGGUUGCAAAGUAUUAUAUCAACUGGAUAUGCCAUGGCUUAUUUAAUCACUGUAUUUAUUGUUAAAUAUUUGCAUUGUUUACACUGUUUAGUAUUGAAAAUCAUGCUGCAAUAAAUAUCUUUGGAUAGA